AUGGAGAUUUCGAUAUCUGCUCCAUACGAGAAGCAGCUUAAAUUCGAUCUGAAAGACGAUGUAACUGUAGAGGAACUCACAAGAGAGAUAUCAGAUGCGAUAAAGAUCCCAACUCAUACAAUUCAGCUUUUUCAUGAAGAUAUCCCUUUAAAACCAGAAAUGACCAUUGAAAAAGCAUCUGACUUGAAGGUGACAGCCAAAAUCAAUCUCGACAUCCCACCUCCCGUAUCCGAUUCUAAAAUUGUUUCGGAUGAUUCAUUCAAAAGGAAUACAGCUUUUUUAACGGAUAUGUAUUUUUCACCGACCAAUGUUGAGAAUGCAUUAAUUGCAUCCAAAAAUGAUGUCGAAGUUGCGAUUUCGUAUUUACUUGCUCAGCCAAUAACAAAGAUCACAGAAUCAUCCAGUAGAAGUGACGAAGAUGCAAUCAGACUUUAUGAUGGAGAAUCAAGUAAUGAUAGCUCUCAAGAAAAUUCAAAUGAAAUUUCUCCUGAAAGCCCAAAUACAUCCGAUAGUGACAAAACCAUUCCCCAUCCAUCUGAAACAGCAUUACAAGUAGUAAAUUAUCCUAAACCAAACCAAGAUUCCAUAUAUUUAUCUAUGAAACAACAUAUAUUGUCUGUUUUAAAGAGCCAGAGCCAAAUUGAUGACGAAGACAAUGAUAAGGAGCAUGAAUGGACCCCAGAGGAAGACAAAAAGCUUACUACUCUCUAUGAAGAAAAUGUAAUGAAAGAUAAUAAGUGGACAACUCUUCAAGAAGCAUUCCCUGAUAUCAAAUUGUACGAAAUUAGAAUCAGAAUCAUGCAACUAUCACUUGAUAAUCUAUCAUCACGUUCAAAAAAUAAAGGAAUUACAGAAUCAGACAAAACAAAGGCCCAAAUUGUUGAAAAACCACCUGAAACUACAUUUAAGUUCACUGAAGAAGACAUGAGAUUCUUCUGGAAGCUGAUUCUCCAUAGAGGAACUCCAUUUGAGAAAAUGGAUUACAUGAAAGACCGUUAUAAGACUCAUACAGAAGAAGAAUUAAAAACAAUGUACAUGGAUGCAUAUAAUAUCAUCAUGUUCAAGUCAAAACAUUUCCAAGCAUUGAAAUAUUCAGAUUUCAUGACAGUUAGUCAGAUUCCUGAAGAGUUAUUGAUGCAAGUAUAUCUUAGUAUAUACGAAGUGAAGAACAAAUGGUCGUGUUACAAGAAGAUAUUCCCGAAUGUCGACGCGAUAUCAUUAAAACAAAGAGUCAAGAAACUUUUGAAAAUCGAAAAAACCGAUCAACAACUACAAGAAAAAAGAGAUACAUCAGGAGACAAAAGGAAGGAACAUUGGCCAAGAGAAAGAGAACAACAAUUCAUUAACAUGAUGGCAACAAAUAAAAGAGAUUGGCAACAGAUCUUGCAAGUAAAUCCAAAUUACAAUCAACACACAUUAAUCAUGAGAUUCUAUAGACUGAUAAAAGCAUAUAGAGAAGUAUCUCGUCCUGAUUUAGUUUUCCCUAAAUCUUAUUUAGAAAAAAUAGAAACAAGAGGUUUAGGAAAGAAACCUAAUUCAUCAUCAGAAGAAGCUAAUUCAACAAAAUCUGCUGAUGAAGAAAAUAAAACUAAUGAAAAUAAAUCAGAAGAAAAUCAAGCUCUUGAUGAAAUGACGAAUUUAGAUUUCGGUUUCAUUGAAGAGAAUCAAAUGAAAUUUACUACUUCUAAGAAGAUUCUGCUUCCUCAAAUUGCAAAUCUGAAUUCCCCUGAUACUGAUCCGAAUUUGUCUGCAAAACAAAGAUGGUCUCCACAAGAAGACAACAAGUUACUGAGAGUUUAUGAUAGAUAUAAGAACGAAAGAGACAAAUGGUUGAAGAUUUUGUGGUUCUUCCCAACAAGAACAAGUGGAAGUCUGAUUAAUAGAUUAAACAGAUUAAGACAUGGAUUAAUUAAACCAAAGAAACAACUAAAUGAAAAUGGAGAAGAAAUCACUAAAAAUGAAGAGGAAGAAGAAGAAAGUGAAGAACAAAAAGUUGAUCAAGAAUUACCAGUAAUUGUUGAUGAUAAAGAUCAACCAACUCCAGAAAUAGAAAAACCAAAAUCACAAGAAAUAGAAGAAGAAGUAACAAAACAGUCAGACAUUGUUAAUAUGGGAAUUAUUCCUAUUGAAAAGGAAGAAUUAAUUGUUAAAUAUCUCAAGAAGAUAAAUAAGUAUUCUAAAAAUGAUUCAUUAUGGGAUGAAAAGAAUGAUCAAUUGCUGUUAAAGAAAUAUGUAAAAGGUGAGGAUAUCUAUGAAGAGUUUAGUUCAGUGUCUAAAAUUGCGAUUUCAUCCAGAUUGAGGUACUUGAAGAAGAUUCUUUCGAAUCCAAUUUCAUCUGAAGAAGCUCAUGUUUGGUUAUCAGACAAAGACAGGAAAAAGAUCGGAUUACCUGUCUUCAAUUUCAAGAUGAAGAAAUUGGAAGAAGAAAGGCCAAUACAAAUGAAGUUUUAUGAUCUCUCUGAAAUUGUUGCAGACUAA